GCUGUUGUCAGCAGUUGUCAGUGUUUAUUAUUGGUCGUCAGUGAUGGUCGGUGGUCAUUCGUGGUCAUUCGUGUUUAUGACAUUAUGGUACCGGACGUGCGGAUGUUUAUACGUAUACGAGAGUAAUAUCGUCGUCAGUGAUAUGUACGAAAUUUUUUUAUUCAAUCGAGUUUGACGACACUUGAGGCGCGAUUAAGGGAGGAACAAUGUGCAAUUGGCAUUAAAUCGAAGCUGGAAGGUGCAGCACUGGCACGAAACAGCGUUUCGGAAGAAUUGCCCGGGGCCGUGAACAAAAACAAAGUUGUAGGUUACGCGCCGUGUACUAUGGCACAGUCGACAACAAGCGGGACCUCCUCGCGGCGAUAUACGCGAGAGCACGAGGUGCAAUCCUCGUCGCGUUACGUAGACAGCGAAUGGGAGUCUAAUGAGGCCUUACGACAACGUGAGCUCGAGGAGGCAAGAGCGCGAGCAGCACAAAUGGAAAAAACGAUGCGAUGGUGGUCUGACUGUACUGCCAAUUGGCGCGAGAAGUGGAGUAAAGUUAGGAACGAGAGAAACGCCGCUAGAGACGAGGCGAAAGCUCUUAGGGCGAAAUUAGAGAUUGCCGUCAAAGACGCUAAUACUUUCAAGCACGAAUCUCAAGAAUUAGAAUUACAGAAUGAACAGCUGAAGAAAGAGAUGGAGAAGAUACAUAUGAUACUCUUGAAACACGCUGGGCAGUUUGACCAACACAUUUUUACCAUUCUGGAAUCAGUUCCGCAAUUAAGAACUACCUUUGGAUUAGACGAGCAACUGGAGUUUUAUAACAGCGUCGAGGCUAGUGACGCAUUAGACGCACAAAGGGAUAUGUUGUCUUGUAAAAAUUCGCAUGAAACAUCGAACGUUGCUUCGGGAGGUCACAGUAUCUUGCCAGAAAGAGAUAUCGAGGAGUAUGUGUUGCAAGGUGCUGUGCCAAAACACGCGGUUGAAUUAUAUAAGGAAAGUCCCAAUAAUUCUUUAGAUAAAGUCGUUACGAAACUAAUCACGGAGAAUAAUACCAAAAAGGACGGGCUGGAGAAACCAUCAUCGCCAUUAGAUAUAUAUAAUGUAGAUUUAACUCAAAAAAUGUCAACUUUGCAAAUAAAAUUGGAAGAGGCAACGAAAACUAUUUCUGCGGAAAGAGAGGAAAACAAUUCUUUGCAUCGGACUGUAGAAAAAUUGAAAGCCGAGGUUAAACAAUUAAGAGAGCAAUGUAAGGAUUUAUCUGAGAGUAAAGCUGACGCAAUGAAAGAUUUAUCAGAGCUAAAAGAACGUUUUCAACUCGAACUUAAUGAUGAACAUAUAGUGGAUUUGAUAGACAAUACAAGUGAGGGGGAGAGCAUGGACUUUCGUUUGACUGAAUUAAGGACAGAACUAGAGAAACUUCAAGCUGAAAACGCAGUAGAAUGGAGUAAAAGGGAGAAACUAGAAACUGAAAAAAUUUCUUUAGAACGAGAAAACAAGCUGCUCCGUUUAAAACUAUACGAACUGCAAGAAGGAAUAGAAUCACGGCGACCACGACCGGUAUCUACGGCCGACACAGACACUAGACAAUUACAGCAUGAAAUUCUAGUUCGCAACAUGGUGUUGCUUGAAGUGAAGCAGUAUCAGGCGACACUGAAACAGUCUUUAGCAGAGAAAACAACGGAGUUAUCACACGCGAUGAGACGGUCCGAGCAAUAUGAAAUGGAAGUGAAACGAUUGAGAGCAAGAGUAGAGGAGUUGAAGAAAGAGUUGGCCACUGCUCAGGAUGAGGUUGACGCUGCUACAAACACCAUACGAAAAUUGCAACAAGCUAAUAAAGAUCUUAUAGAGCAAUUGGAAUCUGCAAACGUACAGCUGGUACAUUUUAGAAAUAGUAACAAUGAGACAUACGAAACUUUAACGGACGCUGAAGUAGAUGGGACUGGGGAGCAAAAGUUCCAAAUUAACAACUCCAAUGAGUGCGUUGAAGUUUGCAAUGAGCAACAAGCCUAGUAUUCGAUCGCUAGCGAAUGGAGUGUUGAUAGCGAUGGAGUGUUGUUUAAGUCAUUUAACAAAGAUGCAAAUCAGAUAGGUGACCUUAUAGUGGGCCUAAAGUACAGAAUUUGACAUUUGACAAAAUUUUUUUUUUUCUGUUUAAUCUUUGACUCUGUGCUAGAAUUGUACGUACUUAUCAAAUAAUUCAUUAGCUACGCGCCUAUUGUGUUAAUGAGGAACACAUCAAUACUUCUAGAAGCAUAUAUGUAAAUAUAUGUUGCAUUUAUGAUACUUUAUUAAUCGAUGAUAUAUAAUUUUAAUUAUCUAUUGAUCGACAUGAAUAAUCCCUAUAAGCAAAUAUUAUGUAAAAACGGACAUAUAACAUUAACAAAAUAUUAGAAAUAUUAAAAUAACAUUAAAAUAAUAUUAAAAAUAUUGAAUAAUAUUCUUGGAAUGUUAUUUUAAUAUUAUUUAAAUUUUUAGUAAUAUUCACAUAAUGUUAAUAUUGUGUCCUUAUAGGGAUAAGUCAUAUACAAUAUUUGUUGUUCAAUAGUUAUUUACUCAAUUGUGAGGGAAAUAUUGUACUGGUUUUUAUUAUUAUUUCCUGUAAAUAAUCAUUUUUUAUUCCCUCAUAUUCGUUUUCUAUUUUUAUAUUAUAUUGUAAACACAUAUCUUUUCUCAUUUCAUUUGUCAUCAAUGUAAAUUAUCACAUUCCACAUUUUUUCUUAUACGUUCCUUUUAUUGGCUUGUAAGUUACACUUAUAUUCCUUUUUUAAAGCAUUGGUGUACAGAUACUGUAUAUACAUAUAUAUAUAUAUAUAUAUAUAUAUAUAUAUAUAUAUAUAUAUAUAUAUAUAUAGAUAGAUAGAUAGAUAGAUAGAUAGAUAGAUAUAUAUAGAUAUAGAUAUUCACACACGAAAUACAUGUGUAAUAAAACAUUGUUCCGUCAUGUAUUUUUCGUCUCGAAAAAGAUUGGCGAAAUCGAGUAGCGAAAUACAGAUCAUGUACAAGAUACGAUACCUGAUAUUUAUAACUAAACAUUUUAUGUCAAUACCGAAAAAUUCUAUAUAGUAUAAGUUGAAGCAAUACUUUAUCUACAUGUCCGCGAGUGUACCAUGUGUCAUAGACAUAUACUGAAUUGUAGAUAAAAUCUAAACGAACUUUCAUACAAUCACCUAUGUCAAAUUGAGAAGAAUGUUGUUAAUUAUAUUUCUUAAUCGCCGAGAGAGAUAAGACGAGAAAAAAAUUUUUCUUCCAGUUAAAAUGUAUUUUAUUGAUAAAACUUAAUAAAUAGCAACGAUUGAUAUAACAUGUUCACCCCAUGCUAUACAGUCAAUAAUUUGGAAGUACCUCAAUAAAGAAAUUGUAAUAUCGAA